CUACGAGUGGUGGAAGAGGACUGAUGAGAGUGCAGGAACCCCUAAGCCAUGGACAUGGACACAUUUCGAAUGGGCAUUCAAACAAUAAUAUAUUCCAAAACGUUUUAGUGAAGAAAAACGUAAGGAAUUUGUCGAUUUGCAACAGGGAGACAUGACACUCCCCGAGUAUCAUCAGAAGUUUACCAGUCUUGCUAAGUUUGCACCAACCUUGGUGAGUACCCCAACCGAUCGCAUUGAGGAAUUCAGGAAGAAACUUCGACCUGACCUUAGGUCGCGUGUGUCCGUCCUAACCUGCGUGGAUUUCGCGGAGGCCUAUGAUCUCAUAGCCAGGGCAGACAGCGACUUGAGUGCUUGCAUUGAGUAUCUGAAGACAAAUAAUGUCAGUUCAAGCACUCACCGUCCCAUCAACUCUAUCUUCAAAGGAAAAAGGCCCUUCCAGGAAUCUAGCAAUUCACACUUCUCAAAGAAGGGGAAAUCGGUGCAGACGCACUCUAUGGCGUCGGAAAACAAAUCAAGAGGGUGGAAACACCCAUUGUGCGAUACAUGUGGGAGACAUCAUCCAGGCGAGUGUUGGCUUGCCCAAGGAUUAUGUCUAGGUUGCGGCAAACCUGGACAUUUUCGAAGGGAUUGCCCCACUAAUCCUGGCAAACCAUUUCCGACAGCCCAGUUGUCAGCCAUUCAGCAUCAGCACGACCUGCGCUAAGUCAACGAUCAACGGCGGGAUCUAAUCCGGCCAAGAACCAAAGUCAGCAACAGGGACGAGCUCCUGCUCGUACUUAUGCAAUGAAGGCACGAGCUGAGGAAAACCCUGACGUCAUUCAGGGUAUGUUUUCCUUAUUUGAUUUUGUCAUGCAUGUGUUGAUAGACCCUGGAUCAACGUUAUCUUAUAUCUGCGUGCCUAUGCCUGACAAGGUUGACGUAAUGAAAGAAAACUUAGAACAACCU